CAGCUUGGGUAAGUCCUUCAACCUCACUGAGCCUCAGUUUCUGCGACUGUAAAAUGGGGAGAUGGCAGGACUUCCCUCCUGUUGCUGUUGGGAAGCCUCUCUGAGCGAAUUCCAGGGAAGGGCGUGACUCCGCACCUGCCCUGGGUGUGAGCUCUGAACACUAUCAUGUGUUUUUCAGAAUCCUAGAAAAUAUUUUAGAAGGCAGGGCCAGGAUGCCGGGGGCUGUUCCCUGGGAGGCGAGGCUCUGCAGCUCCCAGCCUUCCCCCUUCGCAGGCGUUCUGUUUUGUUUUGCUUGGGUGCGCCCACAGCCAAGUCUGGGAGGGUUUCCUGGACAGAGGUCCUCGCGGCAGCUGCUGAAGCCGUGCAGCCCUGGUCACAGCGCCACUGCUCUCCGACCCAGGCGCACUGCAGGCAGCAGCAGCAUGGAGCUCUGGGGGGCCUACCUGCUCCUCUGCCUCUUCUCCCUCCUGACCCAGGUCACCGCCGAGCCACCGUCCCCCAAGGUCAAGAAGGCUGCAAAUGCCAAGAAAGAUGUUGUGAGCCCGAAGAUGCUUGAGGAGCUCAAGAGCCAGCUGGAGAGCCUGGCCCAGGAGGUGGCCCUGCUGAAGGAGCAGCAGGCCCUGCAGACGGUCUGCCUGAAGGGCACCAAGGUGCACAUGAAGUGCUUUCUGGCCUUCGCCCAGGCCAAGACCUUCCACGAGGCCAGCGAGGACUGCAUCUCGCGCGGGGGCACGCUGGGCACCCCGCAGACGGGCUCGGAGAACGACGCGAUGUUCGAGUACCUGCGGCAGAGCGUGGGCAGCGAGGCCGAGAUCUGGCUGGGCCUCAACGACAUGGCGGCGGAGGGCGACUGGGUGGACAUGACCGGCGGCCGCAUCGCCUACAAGAACUGGGAGACGGAGAUCACGGCGCAG